GUUUUUGUUAUGUGUAGUAUUAGUGGUGGUAGUUGUGAUGGUAUUAUUAUUAUUAUUAUUAUUGAUACUGUUCUUCCUUAUUUUGUAAGUAAGCAUUCGUUUAGCCAUUCCCAGUAUUCGUAACGUGCUGUCCUUUCCCCCAGGAGGAGCGUGACGCCCCCGGGCCCCCGGAGCAUGGCACCGGCAUCGUGGUGGCGCCGCCGGUAAGAGGAUCAUGAUGAACGCCAUGACGGAGCCGCGCAGGAUCUCGCGCGUGGGGCUCCUGGAUCCCCCGCCGGACGAGGGGCCGCGCUCCCUGGACGCCGCCCUCCUGCUGCGGAACCUCCCGCCCUCGCCCACCCUCAAGCGCCACUCGGGCGGCUUCGACAAUGUGGGCUUCGACCUGGAAUCCUUUGGCGAGGCCACGAGGCCCGGGAGCCGCCGCCCCUUCGUCAGCGUCCACGUGAGGACGCUCCCGCCGGAGGAGCACGUGCGCUCCACCCUCAGCCGGCAGCCCAAAUCCCUGCCGCCCACGCCCAUCCUCAACGGUCUCGGAGGGCGGAGGGCGGCCUCGUCGUCGCCCUUCCUGCAGCAGAAUGGGCUGGGCGGCCAGUGGCGGCACCACACGGGCAGCGUCAGGGUCAUCCACAUACACGACGACGACGACGACGAGGCGCCCGCCCGCGUCUCCGAUUCCUCCUCCAGCGGCGACGAAGGCAACCUGCCGAAGAGCACGGCCAGGGGAGGAGGAAGAGGGCACGCAGGAGAGGAGAGAGGAAGAGUGGGUGAUGGAGUGGGAGUGAAAGAUGGAGCUAGAGAAGGCGCCCCGCAGGGAGGAGGAGGAGGAGGAGGAACAGGAACAGGAACAGGGAGCGAGAAAGCCGUGGACUCCGUUGGGCGGGGAGGAGAAGGAGGGGGAGGAGGAGGGGAAGAAGAGGAGAGAAGAGAGAGAGUAGUAGAAUCUGUGAAAGUGGAAUUAGAUACAGUGGGAUCUGGUGCCUCGCCCUGCGGCACCCCACAGAAAACGGCGCUGAGUCCCGCACAGAAAACGGUGUCGGGGUGGGAGGUGUGCGGGCCUGCGGUCAGCGCGGACGUCAGUAUGCGAGAAACCAUGGUGGAGGCGGGAGGAGCCAUGCGGCCCUCCGCUGCCAACAGUGUAUCUGUAGCGGCACAUACGCGGGUGCCAAUGAGUGCCAGAGUGUCACGAGUUCCUCUACUCAGCGGUGUUGCGUCUGCCACGAUGAGCAGCAGCAGCAACAACAAUAGUAAUAGUGUUACGAGUGUCGUGUUGUGCGGGCCGCCCGCGACCACCACCACGGCGGUGGCGGCGCCCACCGUCAGUGCGCUAACCAAGGUGUCCAGUGUCAGGAUUGUUCCCACACCAACGCCCACGCCCACGCCCAGCAUCAUCAGCGGGCACGAAGCGAACCCUCAGCAGCAGCAGGCGCAUCAAGGGGGCUCCAGCAGAGCCAGCGGGCCCUCGGCAGCCCCCAGGCCCGCUCCGAGGCCUCCCAAACCCAGUCCCCCGAGGCCUACGGGCGAAGGGGCAGGGGAGCACCAGCGCUUGGAGGCGGUGGGGGAGGCUCAGCAGCAGCCGCAGCAGGCUGAAUCACAGCAGCAGGCUCAGGAGGCGCGGAGGAGCGAGCGGGAGCGCCGUCGUGAGCGGCGGCGAGAGCGUCGGGAGCGUCGCGCCCAUCGGUCUGGCGUGGCCGCGCCCCCGCCGCCCCAGCCUGGCCAGACAGACGUCGGAGGAGGAGGCGGAGGCAUCGGGGGGGACACGACGUCGCCUCCCGCCGCCGUCCACGAUGCACACCUGCCCGACCUCCUGCACUCACACGUGCCGCCCCCGUACUCCACGCUGCCCUCGGGUGUGCGGCCGCCCAUGGGGGGCCUGCUGGGUCCUCCUCCUCCGCCAGGCCCUCCACUGGGCCCGCCCCCGCCGCCCCCGCCUCCCAUGCCCCUCCACGUGCCCCCUCCCCCGCCCCCGGGACCUCCCAUAGGGCCUGCCUUCCCGGGCCCUGUUCCAGGCUCGCCCAUCAGACCGCCGCCUGACAGCCCCUGGCCCUUCUUCGGAUCCAGAAGGUGA